AUGUUGUCAUCGACAAUCUUGCAGGAAUCUCAAUUAUCAAUCACUUAUCGUUAUGUGACUAAAAACGAACAAGAAAAAUCACUUAAACUUUGGCAAACAGUAUUUGAACCAAAAAGUGAUGGAUAUUUUGAGCGAUACUUUUUGUCCACAGCUUCACCUCAUUAUCAAGAAGGAGACACAUUGGGAGCUUGGUUUGAUGAUAAUAUAUUAGUCAGUGUUGUGCACAUACGACGAAUGAUUUUGAGAUCAGUCAACAAUGAAACAUUUCUGUGUGGUGUUAUUUCCAAUGUGGCCACUUUAGCAGAAUUCAGAAAUCAAGGUUUAUCGCGACAACUUCUUACACAAGCAAUUAAGAAGAUGGAACAAGAAGCGUUCGAUAUAUCAAUAUUAGGAACUGGACGCUCCAAUCAUUAUUUAUCAUUAGGCUGGCAACCUCUUACAAUUCGAACAUCGUAUGUUAUUAAUAUACCUGAAAAGAUAUUUUCUUGCAAUUAUGAUAUGUCAUGGAUAUCGGCAUCAUCUCUCUCAUUUUAUGAUCAACUACUCGAACUUUAUACUGCUCAUCCACGUUCUUACCAGUUUGAUCGAGAUUCUUCUUUAAUGUUCGAACAUUGGAUCGGUUGGCAUUGGAAAGAAGAUUUCGCUUUUAUCUGUAUGUUACAGAAUAAAAAAGGAUAUAUAGUAAUCAGUCAACCAGAUGGUAAACAAUACAACGUAUCUAUAUCAGAAUUUCGAGCACUUGAUAUAGAUUCGGAGAUAACUUUACUUAAUAUGGCUGCCGAAGAAAUUCGUCGUCGAUAUGGUCACAAAAACUUUCUUCUUCACACACUUCCUCAAUAUACAACGUUGAAGUCACUGGAAUGGGACAAUAAUGAUUUGAUUUAUGAGCAAAAUCAAGAUAUUAUGAUUCGAAAUAUUCGAUUAACAGAUGAUUUAUUUCAGAAAAUCAAAGCGGGUUUUGAAACAGAAGAUGGAAAAGCUACAAUAUGGCCAGGAGAAUACUUUUGA